CCACCGCAAGCCCCGGCGAUGCUCGCCCAGGCGCUGACCCUCCUCUCCUCCCUCCUCGCGGCCGCCGCAGCCCCCGCGCUCGCGCCGCGCCAGGCGGUCACGACGCUCUCCAGCGCCCAGGUCGCGGCGUACAGGCCGUACACGUACUACGCGAGCACGGCGUACUGCGCGCCCGCGGCGACGCUCGCGUGGAGCUGCGGCGCGAACUGCGAGGCGAACAGCGCGUUCGAGCCGGUGGCGAGUGGGGGCGACGGGACGGUCACGCAGUACUGGUAUGUUGGCUAUGAUCCAGGCUUGAAGACGGUCAUUGUGGCGCAUCAGGGCACGGAUACUGAGAAGAUCAUCCCGGACCUGACGGACGCGGACAUCAUCCUCGAGUCUCUGGACCCCUCCCUCUUCCCCGGCGUCAGCUCGAGCAUCCAGGUCCACCAGGGCUUCGCGAGUACCCAAGCCAGGUCCGCCCCCUCCGUCCUCGCCGCCGUCAACUCCGCGCUCUCCAAAUACGCCGCGAGCAGCGUCACCGUGACGGGGCACUCGCUCGGCGCGGCGAUCGCGCUGCUCGACUUUGUCUACCUGCCGCUGCACCUGCCCGCGGGGACCGCCGUGCGCAUGGUCGGCUACGGCAUGCCGCGCGUCGGCAACCAGGCGUUCGCGGACUACGUCGACGCGCACGGCGGGGUCACGCACGUGAACAACAAGAAGGACCCCGUGCCGAUCUUGCCCGGGCGGUUUUUGGGGUUCCGCCAUCCGAGCGGGGAGGUGCAUGUCCAGGCGAGCGGGGCGUGGGAUGCGUGUCCUGGGCAAGAUGACACGAGCGCGUUGUGCACGGUCGGGGACGUGCCGAAUAUCUUUGAGAGCGACGCGGGUGACCAUGAUGGGCCGUACGACGGAGUCGAGAUGGGCUGUUAAGCAUGCAAAAUGGGCAGGGCUUGGUUUCAGCGGGGUACACAUUCGAUAUUAGUAUUACUGUAGCAGGGUAUGUACAUAGCACCUGCGCAAGUAAACGCCAACUGUCGAUCAUUGCAUAGCUAUCGGUGAUGCUACUGUCAGAUGUCGGCGUC